UCGUGUUUAUUGGCUCAACAUCUCGCCGGAGGAGUUCGAUAGCAAGAGUGUCAGUUCAGGGGUUUGAUUUUUAUUAGGUCGGGAUAGAUUAUUGUGAUCUUUUCUCUCUACCCUAUCAUCACCCUACCCUUGACGGGCGGAAGGCUAGCUAAAAGCCGAAAUAAAAAGCAGCAAGCCACGGCAGGGAGAAUUGGGAAAGGACUGCUGCGCCGCGUGCGGAAAGUGGGUGGUGUGGUGAAUUGUGGGUGCCUGCUAGGAUCUCGCAUCGUAGACAAAAGAAGGGCAAAGCAAGUCUAGUCGGAAUAUUUCUGUGUGGAGGGAGUUGCUUUGAUGCAAUUCGGUAAGGACAAUUUUCGCUCGGAUUAAACUUCAAUUCGCUUGAUUGAAAAUCCGGAGAAACUUGUCUCGUAAAUUUUCGCCGGUCGAAGCAGCGGCAACAAACCAAGAAACGGAGGCAGCGUGUAAAUAAACGUGAAAUGGAAACCAAGAUGAGCCACUGAGUAGCGGGGUAGAAUAACAACAACAACAACAAAAAACAUCAUUUUGUGGGCUGUGUAUAGCAUAUAGAUAUUGAGUUGGUGGAGAAUCGCAAGAAUGCCUUUGGAAGCCUAAAAGAAGACGAAGCAGUGGACGAAGAAGAACACCCGACAGAAAGAGAUAAAAUCGAAAUCGAAGAACAGUGCGCUGCCGCGCGGUGCACAAGAAAAGGGCACACUGUGGUAACAAGAAGAAGGAAGUAGGAAAACGCCAGUGAAGCCGUGAAUAAAAAAAAAAAUUGAGUGAUAAAAGGUGAAGUGAGAGGAGAAGAUAAAGAAAGCAGCAAAAUAUAGCAAGUAGGCGCGCGCGAUUGCAAGAUAUUAAAUACGUUUUUUUUUAUUUUAAAUCGUCUUGCCUGGGCCUGGUCCUUGGUCGGAGGAGGCGGUGCUGGUGGAAGUUGAAACGAGCAGACUGGGAGCAAAGAGCCAAGCAGGCUUGUGUUAAAAAUGUAUAAUAAAGGUUCAUUCAAGAUCGUGGUCGUUGCACUGUCGGCAUUGCUUUCGUUCGCCCGUUCCGAGUUCCAAUUUACGGUUCUGCCAAAGUACACCCAGGUGUACGAGGGAGAAUCGGUUGUGUUCAAGUGUCGAGCUUUCUUCGACGAUGAGAUCGACUUUUCCUGGACGUUGAAUGGCAAUCCCAUCCGACUGGAUCGUCGUGUGUAUUUAAAUGGUUCCAAUCUGCAUAUAAACGGCGUCUCCCAGCGGUCGGACAACGGAGAUUACGUGUGUCUGGCGACGGCUCGUUCCUCCGGGGCCCGGGUCGCUACACCGCCGGCCAAGCUGGACAUCAUCCGUACUUCCGGUCCAGUGGUGCAACUGGUGAAGCACGAAUCGGAAAAAGGCAACGGUGCAGUCGUGCUAAAGUGUCACACGGGAAGCACGUCCAAUCAUGGCAGCGGAAAUGGUAGCAACAGCAGCAGCAAUUCCGGCACCCCCGGAGGAGACGACGAUGGAAUUCAUAUCGAGUGGUUCAGAAACAACGAGCGACUCUCGAAAUCGGCGCAUAUCGAUUUUCAGCGUCGGAAGCUGCACAUAAAAAAUGCAACAGCCAAGGAUAAUGGCGUCUACGGUUGUCUGGUGGUGGUGGUGCACCGGGAUGGCGAGGUGGCGUCGUCGGUGGCAAGCGUCAAAAACUACCGGCUCAAGUUGAAGGGCACAGGUGCCACCGCUGCUGCCGCCGUCAAUGGGAAUGGCGAUGCUAAUGACAACAGCGCCAAAAUCGACUGCACCAAAAGCCGAAACUCGCUGCUGUGCCGUGGAAAGCGAGGUGAUAAGCUUAUGGCAGCUGCCCUCACCGCUGCAUCGCCCGCUCCGCUGCUGUCCACUGCUGCGGGUACGACGAUAGCAUCUUCAUCGCCGCCAUCGUCGGACGGCAUGGUCCCGGUGCAAAUCGUCGACCAUCCGGUCAAUGCGGUGGUUAAUGAGAGCGCGUCGGCUAUUUUUAAUUGUGGCUUCCAGUCGCUUUCGAACGAGACGGCCGCAGCGGCAUUCACCCUGAAGUGGCGCAAGGACGGCAAGGUGAUCCGGAAGUGGGACAACGGGCUAGCGGAGCUGGAUGGCGAUAACGGGGCUACCGAGAGCUCCAUGUUUCGGGACGAUGCUCGGAUUCACGUGGACCGGAACAAUGGUUCGUUGGUUUUCAAUUCGGUUAUUGCCAGCGACGAAGGCAGCUACGAUUGUCAAGUGACCAACAAUGGGAGCGAGUUUCUCGUAACGUCCAAUGCUGCCGAGCUGCAGAUCAUAUCUAAUCUGCGUUUCACUCCGAAACCACCGACAUCGAAGAACCUGGAGCUGGGAUCCGUCGCCAAAAUCCACUGCAAGGCUCAGGGAACGCCGACUCCGUCGGUUCAUUGGGUCACGGAGGGUGGCAGAGCAGAUCUGCCGGAUUCGGUCGAGGACGUCAAUGGGACACUGAUCUUCCGUACGGUGUCCACGGAUCAUCGUGGAAGCUACACGUGCGUCGCUUCCAACAGUCAGGGUGAUAUUAGUGCUUCCGUGCAGGUCAAUGUGGUUGUGGCUCCAAAGUUUGAAAUCGCCCCUGAGGGAUCCAUUCAGGUAACCGAGAUGGGAACGGUAUUCAUACAUUGCGUAGCGACCGGCGAUCCGAAACCGACGGUUCAGUGGGACAAGGAUUUGCAGUACCUGCACAGUUCGAACCAGACGGAGGAAGAGAGAUUCCGGAUUCUGGACAACGGGACGCUGGUGCUAACGGAGGUGAACUUGGACGAUGAUGGGAAGUACGGGUGCACGAUUGGGAACAGUGCCGGGCUGAAGCGGGAGGAGGUUCAUCUGGUUGUGAAGCCUGCCGACAGCAUGCCUCUGCCGGAGGAAUCGUCCGAGGAUGGGUUCCUGAUAACGCGAGCCGUUCUGAUCACAAUGUCCGUCGCGUUCGCCUACAUCAUCCUGGUGGUUGGUCUGAUGCUAUGGUGUCGCCAUCGUCGGGCUGCCCGCAAAGCUCGACUCAACACGAGCUUUAAGGAAAAUGGCGAUGUGGAUCUGAAGAACUGCGAAAUCGAACCCUGUCUGCCGGAGAAGUCCUCCCAAGAUGGCGCUGCCUCCAAGUCGAAGACGUCCUCCAAGUCCAAGCCGGCCCAUCAGAAAACGGGUUCCAACGCCGCCGCCGCUGCCACCGCCGACGGGCAGGAGAAGAGCGACGAUACGGUGAAUUCGAACAAAUCUAAAAAGUCGAGCGGUUCCGGCUCGUAUCUGGAGCAGCUGUCCGUUCCGCGAUCCAGCGUGAUCGACAUGCUGCAGAUUGGAAAGUGUGACUUUGGGGAUGUGUUCAUUGGAAAGAUUAAGGAGAACGACUGCAAGACGGUAAAGGAGGAAGUGGUAAGGGAUCCAAUCACUGGCGACGAGGUGACUCUCGCUACCAAGUCUGACGUCACGAACGAGGAUGAGAAGAUAAAGAAGAAGCCGUCCAAUCAGGAGCUGAACGAGAUCAAACCGGAGAACGACUACAAACUGGUGAUGGUGAAGGCGCUGACCAAGGUGAAGGAUGAGCACUGCUGUUCGGAAUUCCGACGGCAGCUGGAUCUCUUCCGGACGGUUUCGCACAAGAACGUGGUGAAGCUGUUCGGACUGUGCCGGGAUAAGGAUCCGCAUUAUAUGCUUUUGGAGUACACCGAUUGGGGUGAUCUGAAGCAAUUCCUGCUGGCCACCUCGCCCAGCGUCCCACCGAACGGAAGCGUAGAGUCCAAGAGCUCACCCAAACCACCGCCGUUGAAUGUGCCACAAAUUCUCGCCCUAGCCCACCAGAUUGGACGCGGUAUGGAUGCAAUCUACAAAGCUCGAAUUAUUCACAAGGACCUAGCCACCCGCAACUGCAUCAUCAGCAGUGACUUUUCGGCCAAGAUCUCCCUGCCCGGCUUGAGCCGGGACAAGUACAACAAGGAGUACUUCAAGUUCAAGAACCAACUGAUGCCGGUCCGGUGGAUGGCCCCGGAGUGCCUCCAGGACGACGAUUUCUCCAUCAAAAGCGACACCUUCUCGUUCGGGGUGCUGAUGUGGGAACUGUUCACCCAGGCCACGGAGAUACCCUUCAAGGAUCUCACCGACGAGGAGUACGUCACGCAAGGGCAAGCCGGCAAGCUGGAGUGGAAAGUGGCGGAAAAGACGCCGGAGAGUCUGCACAAAAUUCUGGCGACAUGUUGGUCAGUGAACCCGAAGGAACGACCUUCCUUCAGCCAACUGGUCGUUGCGGUUGGCAACUGCCUGCAAAGCGAAUACCCAAAGGAACCACCGACUGAACCGGGUGCGACGGUGGCGGCGGCGGCGGCGGCGGCGACCGCGGCAACUACGACAACGACAGCGGAUUAGGACGAGUAAGUAAAUGCGAGGCUGCCAUUUUUUCGCCACCGCUCGUGAUUGAAGAGGAAACUUUACACAACGACAUUUUUUCUUAUUGAUGGAAAGUUUUUCGAUUAUUAUUGCUACCAGUGGCGUAUUAUUAUUAGCUGUAUUAUAUUAGUAUUUAUUGUCAAACAAACAAGUAGAUCUUGUAUACUCAAGCGAAUAUUUUACAUCCUCCGGAUGUAGAAGGAUGUAAAGCGGUUUUGGAUUCUCUUUUUAUCUGAUCGGAAAAGUUUGAUAAGUUUAGGAAAAGUUUAAGAUAGACUCGUGCAACCAACUGCCGUACAACACUGGACAGACGGACGCAUUUGAAACGAAGAAGUCUGUCGACUGCUAAAUGCAUUUAAUGAAAAGAAGACUUGAUAAUAUUAUUGAUAGUGAAUAAGUGACUCGAAUGCUGGAAAAUUAUCACCGACGUACUGUAUUGAUACUGUAAUUGCUAUUAAUUGUACUUGUAAGUAGUAUCCAUCAGCAUCCAUUCGAACGGAUAUUUAUGCAUCUUAUUAUGGAACGAGAAGGUAGACCAGAGGUAGAUUAUACAAUUUGAGCUGUCAUUGAGAGCGGCAAUUGCGCUGAUUAUUGGAUGGUUUCAGUUUGGAAUGAAUUCGUGGUUCUCAGGUCAACAACGGCGAAAUGUUGGAAAUUCUCAGUACAGUAUUAGUGGGAUUUUUGUAUCCUCUUGAAAUUCGUCCAGAAAUUCACAUGAUAAUCCGACUGGACAAUUCUAGCUGGGCAAUUUACAAAUCAAAGACAUUACCUGUGUCGUCAUAGUUACGUUGUCUAAAAUCACAACAAAAAGAAAAAGUACAGGGAAUCGAUUGCGGAUGCACGGUAAAUGAAUCUGAGUCAUAUUUGAGUAUCGUUCACUUAAAUUCACAAAAACGUAGGUCAGUCAUUGAAUGAGUAAAAUUUGUCGAGCUUCUCCAGGAAAAUCAACGAAAAUUUCACUCAGUCUAGGAGUAUAAUAAUGGACUAAGCGGAACCUCUCUAAAUUGUCCUCAUAUUCGAGAAGAUUUUCCUGGAAAAGCUCGGAAAAAUUUACUCACUCUAUAAAAUACGUCGCCGCACGAAGCUGACUAUAUACAAGACGCUGAUUAGACCGGUGGUCCUCUACGGUCACGAAAACUGGGCUAUGCUCGUGGAGAAUCGACCCGCCCUUGGUGUUUUUGAACGGAAGGUGUUGCGUACCAUCUACGGUGGAGAGCAGAUGGAUGACGGAACGUGGAGGAGGCGAAUGAACCACGAAUUGCGCUAGCUGCGCUGGGAGAA